GCUAAGUCGGGAUUUCUCAUUAUAAAAAUCUCCAUUUGCGUUUAUAAUAAGGAUUUAUAUAUGGCCUUGUCUGUAUGCAAGCUCUUGGUACGGGGAAUCUCUCAGUCGAAUUCUGCAGAAACAGAUUUUUGCCUGUUGUCCUUCAAUGUUCUUUCUUCCUUGGUUCUCCCAUCAGCCCAUUUGAGGUUAGGCUGGAAAACAGAAAAGGAAACUUGGGAAGAAAUAUUGCACAACAUAUGGUUUCACCUACAGGAUCUAAGGAUAUGACAGAAGGUGAUCUCAAAGAACCCCUUUUUGCUUCUGUACCAAAAUCUCCUGUUCAGAAUGGGAGGCCAAGUAGCAUGGUUGUCAAGAAAGCAAAUACCGUGAUUCCUGCACAUAUUGUAGCUGAAGCCAUCUCAACACUCCAUGGUCUAGACCUGAGAUGGUCAGGUCCAAUCACCCCUACAGAAAUGCAGUAUGUUGAACAGUAUGUCCUGGCUAAGUAUCCGCAGUAUGCUGGGCUUGUUGAAGGAGAAAAGAUUGAUCUGUCUAGUCUUUGUAUCAAUGAUGAAGAAUGUCCGGCAGAGCCUCCGCCUGACGACAAGCGAAAGUCACCAAGAGGAGGUUUUCGAGAGCCCUCUACACCGAUACCAUCACCAUCCUUGGGCAGCAAUCUCCCUGACUUGGAUAGAAUCCAGUUAGAGCCAUCAAGACUACUUGAUAUUCUCACCAAGAAGUCCUCUUUUCCUGGAAGCUUCAUUUCAAUCCCGGAAAUUCAAGCUCGAAACAAAGUUCUGAAGCAUUGCGGAUUGCCUGACAAUGAGUAUCUUGUUCUGUUUACUCCAAACUAUAGAGAUGCAAUGAUGUUAGUAGGGGAGAGCUAUCCUUUCUUCAGGGGCAACUUCUACAUGACAAUCAUUGGGGAAGAAAUGGAUUACGUAAGGGAAUUUGCCACUUACAAGGAAUCAAAAGUGAUUUUGGCACCAGAGACCUGGUUGGAUCUGAGGAUCAAGGGAUCACAGCUUAGCCAGUAUUUUAGAAGAAAGUGUAAACAUACCCCAAAAGGCCUUUUCUCUUACCCAGCUGAUAUCAAUGGGAGGCGGUACUCCAUGCAUUGGGUUUCUGAAGCUCACCGGAAUUCAUGGCACGUUCUGCUUGAUGCCACUGCAUUUGUUGGGGGAGAUGACUGUCUGAAUCUUGCACUUCAUCGACCUGAUUUUGUGCUCUGCAGUCUUGGGAAUACGCAUGCUCAUCCUUCAAAGAUCACAUGUCUUCUUGUUAGGAAGAAAUCCUUCGAUCCCACAACAGCUUAAUCACAUGCCAGCAGGUGAAGAAAACAGCAUGUGCUUUUCUGCAUAUAUUGUUUUUUAGAACACAUGACCAACGAACUCUGGAUUCUCAAGAGCAAAGAUUUGCACUGUUAGGUGUAAUCCAUCAAAAAAUAAUGUUCCUAUAAAGAUAUAUUCAAGAUUGAAAUGUCAUAAUACAUUUUCUGAAGUAGUUUGGUAGGAUUUCAUGUUGGCAGGAGAGGCUUGUUCAGCCAACACAGUAAGUGUAACGCAGACUUGUGCAGUUCAGGAAAAUAAUGCCCAAGGUUCCUUUCUCUCAAUCCAAGAAGAAAGCAUUUUAAGCCAAA